AUGAGCUCGAGUUUGCGUGAUAUACUAGAGGAUAUGGAUCUGUCUUCGGAUUCAGACUCGGAUAUGGAGCAACGGCCCACGACACAAGCCAAGGCCAAGAAGGUGACGCAUGCCGCAUCCAGGGACAACGCUGAAAUCUUGGCCAAGUACUCGGAUAAGAUUAAGACAGACGAGUUUUUGUUCAAGAGCCACAGAAUCACGAGGGAUAAAGCCGAGCGUGCCACUGUUGAGAGUGUGCUUGACCCUCGAACCAUAGGGUUCAUUCUCAAGCUUUUCAAGAAUGGGACCAUUACCCAGAUCAACGGAUGUAUAAGUACGGGGAAAGAGGCAAAUGUGUACCAUGCCAUGAACGAGGAGACUGGAAAGGAGUAUGCCGUAAAGAUCUACAAGACAUCUAUUUUGGUCUUCAAGGACAGAGAGAGAUAUGUGGAUGGAGAGUUCCGUUUCCGCAACACCAAGAGUCAGCACAACCCCAGGAAGAUGGUAAAAGUUUGGGCUGAAAAAGAGUUCAGGAACUUGAAGAGACUUCAUUCGAAUGGCAUUCUUUCACCUGAGCCUGUUGACCUGAAGUCUCACGUUCUCGUGAUGGACUUUCUGGGCAGGGGAGAUGGUGGGCCAUCCCCCAAGCUGAAGGAUUACGUCUUCAAAGAUGUGGACCAAAUUGUCAAGUUCUACCAGGAUAUGCUCAUUGCAAUGAGAAGGAUGUACCAGCAGUGUAAGUUGGUUCAUGCCGAUCUCAGUGAGUACAAUUCCAUAGUCCAUAAUGAGCAACUCUACAUAUUCGAUGUUUCUCAGUCUGUGGAGCACGACCAUCCCAUGAGCUUGGACUUUUUGCGAAUGGACAUCAAGAACGUAAAUGACUUCUUUGAAAGAGUUAAGCAUAUCAAUGUUUUUCCAGAACGUCUCAUCUUCAAGUUCAUCAUCCAGGAAUGGAGCGCGUUGAAGCGAGAUGUAGAAGUUGCCGAAGAGGAUCCUGAGUUCCUAGCCCAUUAUUUGCAUGAACUUCCUCUCAAGGGCGAAAUUGAAGGAGAGGAGCAACAGGAUGACAUCUUCAGGAGCUUACACCUGAUUUCCUCGCUCAAUCACUUGGACGAAAGAGAUUUCGAGAAGUUCUCGAAGGGAAACAUGGACUCUUUGAAGGAUCUCGUUGGAGAUGGAAAGAAUGGGGAAGGCAUAAAUGGCGAUGGUGAUGAAGAUAGCCACGAUGACGAUGACGAAGAUGAUGAUGACGAUGAUGAAGAUGAGGAGGACGAGAAUGACUCCGGGAGCAGCGGAUCUGAAACAGAGGAGAAAGAGUGGACGGAUAGAGAGAAGGACUUAAGAGGCAAGAAGCAUGAAGAUAAAAAUGCCAAAAAACUGAGAAAGAAGGAGGCUAAGGACCAGGCCAAGGAGAAGAGAAAGACAAAGAUGAAGAAACAUGUUAAGAAAAAGCUGGUGAACAAAGCUCACAAGGGAAGCAAAUGA